AGAUGAGCAAACACUCCCUGAGAGAGAUGUCUGACAGCCACUGCAGCCCUCUCCUGCCAGAGCCUUAUUCCAGCCGAUACAAAUUCUACAAAUUAGAGCCUAGCAACUCUACCUGGCCCUCAAGCUCCCAGGAUGCACAUCCAGCCCUGCCCCUGCUGGAAAUGCCUGAGGAAAAGGAUCUCCUAUCAUCUGAUGCAAACAGCCAUAUUGUGAAAAUUGAAAAGUCCAAUGAAAGGAGUAAAAGGAGAGAGAGCGAGGUGCCCCGCAGGUCCUCUGCCGGACAGAGAAGUUUCAGCCUCUUCCAAGCAGUGGGCUAUCUCACAGGCGAGAUGAAGGAGUGCAAGAACUGGCUGAAAGAUAAAUCCCUGGCUCUCCAGUUCCUAGACUGGGUCCUGAGGGGGACAGCUCAGGUGAUGUUCGUCAACAACCCCCUCAGCGGGCUCAUCAUCUUCAUAGGACUUCUGAUCCAGAAUCCCUGGUGGACGAUUGCCGGGGCUCUGGGGACAGUGGUCUCAACUUUAACCGCUCUCAUCUUAAGCCAGGACAGGUCAGCCAUCGCCUCUGGACUCCAUGGCUACAACGGGCUGCUGGUGGGGCUGCUGGUGGCUGUGUUCUCUGAGAAGGUAGACUACUACUGGUGGCUUCUGUUUCCUGUGAUCUUCACAACCAUGGCCUGCCCAGUUAUUUCUAGUGCCUUGAAUUCCAUCUUCAGCAAGUUGGACCUGCCUGUCUUCACACUUCCCUUCAACAUCAUCUUGACCCUGUACCUGACAGCUACAGGCCACUUCAACCUCUUCUUCCCCACGACACUGGUAAAGCCCACAUCUUCAGUGCCAAAUAUCACUUGGACAGAGAUUGAAAUGCCCUUGCUGUUGCAAGCCAUCCCCAUUGGGGUUGGCCAGGUGUAUGGCUGUGACAAUCCCUGGACAGGAGGCAUGAUCCUGGUGGCUCUGUUCAUCUCUUCGCCACUCAUCUGUUUACAUGCAGCCAUCGGGUCAAUCAUUGGGAUACUGGCAGCCCUGACGGUGGCUACGCCCUUCGAGACGAUCUACUUGGGCCUCUGCAGUUACAACUGCGUCCUCUCCUGUGUCGCCAUCGGGGGCAUGUUCUACGCCCUCACCUGGCAGACCCACCUGCUGGCCCUUGUCUGUGCCCUGUUUUGUGCAUACAUGGGAGCAGCCCUCUCCAACUUGAUGGCAGUGGUUGGUGUGCCACCAGGCACUUGGGCUUUCUGCCUCUCUACCCUCAUCUUCCUGCUCCUGACAACCAACAACCCUGCCAUCUACAAGCUCCCGCUCAGCAAAGUCACCUAUCCAGAGGCCAACCGCAUCUACUACCUUACAAUGAAAAGCAGUGAAGAAGAGAAGGCCCCCAGCGGUGACUAG